AGAGAGCAGUGAAGUGUGAAGCGAACAGUUGGAAACUAGACGACUGACGGACUGACUGAGAGAUUCCUGCUGUGGGGUUGCUCACGUCGCUGCAGCCUCUCCCUGUAUUUUAUGAGAAAGGACAGCAGCGCCACAGUCGCUCCACAGAGGGUGUUGAAGAUGGCAGUGUGGAUCCAGGCCCAGCAGCUCCAGGGAGAUGCUUUGCACCAGAUGCAGUCUCUGUAUGGUCAGCACUUCCCCAUUGAGGUGCGACAUUAUCUGUCCCAGUGGAUAGAGGGCCAGCUCUGGGAUGCCAUAGACCUGGAGAACCCACAAGAGGAGUUCAAGGCCAAACGCCUGCUGGACAGUCUGAUACAGGAACUGCAGAACAAGGCUGAGCACCAGGUGGGAGAGGACGGCUUCCUACUCAAAAUCAAACUGGGACACUACGCCAGCCAGCUCAAGAGCACGUAUGACCGCUGUCCUCUGGAGUUGGUCCGAUGCAUCAAACACAUCCUCUACACAGAGCAGAGGCUCGUCAGAGAGGCCACCAAUUCAAGCUCUCCGGUGGGCGGGAUGAUGGACAGCAUGUCUCAGAAAUACCAACAGAUCAACCAAGCUUUUGAGGAACUUCGCCUGCUGACCCAGGACACCGAGAACGAUCUGCGCAAACUCCAGCACAACCAGGAGUACUUCAUCAUCCAGUACCAGGAGAGCCUCCGUAUCCAGGCUCAGCUGACCAGCCUGGCCACGCUGCCCCCUGCUGACCGACAGGUACGGGAGCCUACCCUUCUCAGCAAGAGAGCCACUGUGGAGGCAUGGCUGACCAGAGAGGCCAACACACUACAAAAAUACAGACUGGACUUGGCAGAGAAGCACCAGAAAACACUGCAGCUGUUAAGGAAGCAGCAGACCAUCAUUCUGGAUGACGAGCUGAUCCAGUGGAAGAGACGGCAACAGCUGGCAGGCAACGGGGGCCCGCCAGAGGGAGGCCUGGACAUCCUGCAGUCCUGGUGUGAGAAGCUGGCAGAAACUAUCUGGCAGAACAGGCAGCAGAUUCGGAGGGCAGAGCACCUCAGACAACAGCUGCCCAUCCCCGGCCCCAUUGAAGAGCUCCUCAAUGAACUCAACAGCACUAUCACAGAUAUCAUCUCAGCGUUGGUCACCAGCACCUUCAUAAUUGAGAAACAGCCUCCACAGGUGCUAAAAACCCAAACCAAGUUUGCUGCUACAGUGCGCCUCUUAGUCGGCGGGAAGUUGAACGUGCACAUGAACCCUCCACAGGUCAAGGCCACCAUCAUCAGUGAACAGCAAGCGAAGGCCCUGUUGAAGAACGAGAACACAAGAAAUGACAGCAGCGGGGAAAUUCUCAACAAUAACUGUGUGAUGGAGUACCACCAGACUACAGGCACCCUCAGCGCCCACUUCAGGAACAUGUCUUUGAAGAGGAUCAAGCGAUCGGACCGGCGAGGAGCAGAAUCUGUCACAGAGGAGAAGUUCACCAUUCUGUUCGAGUCCCAGUUUAGUGUUGGAGGCAAUGAGCUUGUCUUUCAAGUGAAGACAUUAUCACUUCCUGUAGUGGUGAUAGUCCAUGGUAGUCAAGACAAUAAUGCCACGGCAACUGUGUUGUGGGACAACGCUUUUGCGGAGCCGGGACGGGUGCCUUUCCUCGUGCCAGAUAAGGUGCUCUGGCCUCAGCUGUGUGAUGCCAUCAACAUGAAGUACAAGGCUGAGGUGCAGAGUAACCGAGGCCUGUCUGAGGAAAACCUGGUCUUCCUGGCUCAAAAGGCCUUCAGCAGCUCCAGCAACAACCCCGACGACUACCGCAACAUGACUAUGACCUGGUCACAGUUUAACAGGGAAAGCUUGCCAGGGAGGAACUUCACAUUUUGGCAGUGGUUUGAUGGUGUGAUGGAACUCACAAAAAAGCAUCUCAAACCACACUGGAAUGACGGUGCCAUAUUGGGCUUUGUGAAUAAACAGCAAGCUCAGGAUAUGCUGAUGUCCAAACCCAACGGCACCUUCCUUCUACGCUUUAGUGACUCUGAGAUUGGAGGGAUUACAAUCGCUUGGGUGGCAGAAAAUCCCAACAAAGCAGGGGAGAGAAUGGUUUGGAACCUCAUGCCCUAUACAACCAAAGACUUUUCCAUUCGCUCUCUGGCUGACCGCAUCAGCGAUCUCAAUCACCUCCUGUUCCUCUACCCUGACAGACCGAAAGAUGAGGUUUUCUCCAAAUAUUACACCCCACCACUCUCCAAAGCGGUGGAUGGCUACGUGAAACCACAGAUUAAACAAGUGGUGCCCGAUUUUGCUACAGCCAAUCCAGAUCCAGCAAGUGGAAACCAAACCUAUAUGGAUCAUGGCGCCUCUCCAGCACCUGUCAAUCACCCUCACACCUACGGCAUAUACCCACCUAUGAGUGACCCUAUGUUGGAUGCAGACGGAGACUUCGACCUGGAUGACACCAUGGAUGUUGCGAGGCAUGUAGAGGAGCUCCUCCGGCGGCCUGUAGAGAGCCAGUGGGGCGGCCAGCAGUCCUGACCCUUGACCUGUUAACUUGUGACAACACCAAAUGAACCCUGCCUCCCAACUUGCCCCACUCGCAUUGACAUUUCUCAUGGUUUAAUUCCAUUCAUUUGUCUCUUUUUCAGAUAGCUAUAAUGUGAAAUGUUAAUAAUGGUUGUGAUUUUUUUCUUUUCAGCAUGAGAGCAUGCAUGUCUGUGACUUCCCUUAGUUUUAUUUGUGUCCAUAAGUGUUUGUAAAACAGACUAGGUUUAAUGGAAAACCUACAAUGUUACAGUAUUGUGAAAAAGAGAAGAAAAAAUAAUAUUCAUUCACAUUGUGCAUGCAUUUCCAAUUGAUUUUGAACAGAUUUAAAAAAAAAAACAUAUGCUACUGUAUGAAGACAUUUUAACAGUUGAAUGUUUUUGUUUUAUGUUUUCUUCUUUGUAAAUGGGUUAUCAGUAUUUUCCGUGACAUUGAACUUGCCCUUUGCCACAUAAAAUGAAACUUUAAUGAAGAGUUUUGCUUUUGCUCUUAACAACAUAAUCCGAGUCAUUGCUCUGCAGAGUUUCAGUCAGUUUUUUUGUUUUCAAAUCCAUAUACACUAACCUAAAGGCAGAGUAACUCUUAGCGCUCUGCAACUGAGAGCACACACAUCAGCACACGGUACACAUGCGCAAGUAUAUGAUGGAUUUGUUCUGAUUUUUUCACCAGCUGUAACCCAGAAAGGGGGGUUAAUGCACCUCCCUCACUCUCACAGGGCUAUUUUUCUUCUGUUUGUACACAGAAAUGCAAAUCUAAGCAUUUACCCAACGCUGCCUGCUUGUCCUCUCAGGUCCCUCUGUUCCCCUCAUAAAUGCUACCUCGCAUUAUUCUAUUGUCAGUAGUUGUUGCUAUUGGUUCUGUUGUUGUUUCUGCACCACAUUCACACCAGUAGGUACGCUCAUUGGGUUUUGUUCUCGUAAUUUGUAUUAAUAUGUGUGAAAAAGAUCCCUUUCUGCCUGAGGGUUAACUGUCUUCUGUUGGCCGUUUUAUGCUUGAAACCACUCACCUGAGGAAGUCCAGAGGCAUGGAGUGUCAUAAAUCUGGUCGUAUGCCUGAAUAUUAUGAGCUGUGCUUAUUUUGCCUAUCCGUCCGCUUGUCCCUGUCGCUGUGUCAUGUCACUGUGGCAUAACCGACUUGUGCAUGUGUCUAUGUGACCACAUGACCUGCGCCAGCAGCUGAAGUUGCGAGGCAUAGAUAGAUAGGCGCAGGCUUUGAAUGCCUGCACAGACUCACCAUCCGCUGCAUGGGUCACAUAUAGAACUCAAGGAGAUGGUGUCAUUUGUUUUCAUUGUGUGUCGCCUUUUUGCUACUCACGUAAAAGAUAAACAAACAAAAAAUGAGUCUAAUAGAAAAUAUAAAAAAUAUUGAAACUAUUACCCUACUCCCUCCUCUGACACACACACACACACACACACACACACACAUACAACGCUGGAUUGAAAACAUGUUGAUACAGCCUUGCACCUCAGGAAUGAAUCGCUUUGCUUAGCUGAUGCACAAGCUAAAUAGAAAAUGAUCUAUGUAUACUGAAUAUAUGAAUUUAUUUUCUCUAUCAUAAUUCUAUUUUAUUAUUGUUUCUCUGGCACUCCCCUAUUGAAUGUAACCCCUUUGCAUGACCCUGUUGAGGAUUUACGUACAAAUACCUCCUCAGUCUGACCAGAAGUUUUAAGUCAUGUGUCACGAGAAGAACCAGUUGAAAAAGGACACAGAGCAACUGGAAAUCGGAAAAGAAUUAAUGAUGUAGUUUUUUUGUUUGUCUGACAGACAUUACAGUAUUUAAACUAUUCCCUCGUCUUUUCAUUUUCUUUCUUUUGUAUCUCUUCUAUCUCCUGUUUUUGAAAUCUCAAGCUACAUGAGCAGUCUUGUGAUAUAUCCUUUAUUUCCAUUAUCCUCAUCAUUUUGAGCUUUGUUCCACUGUAGACUGUGUAUUUUUCAAUGAUGUAGAUGACGCUGUGUGUUGUUCGAUGUAUGUACCAUGUUUGUGGUUUGGGUUUAUCACUUGGAGGUUUUCCAAGAGAAACAACUGUUGAGUUGAAAAGAGGAAAAUAAAGUUUUAUAAAUAAUUUGAA